AUGAGUGACUUACGGCAAAGAAAGUUAAAAGAUAAUACCUCAACACCACAUAUCAGCACCAGAAGUAUUUCUUUAAAGCAACCCAGGAGGUUGAAGAAAGUUUUUAUCCUGCUCAUUGUAUUAGUAUUAUGUGCCACAUAUUUUAUGGGCUUGUUCGCGGGGCAGACACAGUUGUUCGAUGGGAUAGCGAAGAGUCUAGGCUACGAGAGCGUGUACCACUACGCGGUGAUCAUCGACGCGGGCUCCUCGGGGUCUAGGGUGCUGGCGUACAAGUUUAGAGUGCCGUUCACAGUAUUCAGCCAACCUAAUUUGGAUUUAGUGGAGGAAUAUUUCGAGCAGUCCAAACCUGGGCUGUCUUCGUACGCAGACGAUCCAGAAAAGGGCGCCGACACCAUAGUGCAGUUGAUAAAGAAGGCCGAAUUCCUCACCCCGUUGGAGAAGAGGAGGGCCACGCCUCUGAUAGUGCGCGCCACCGCCGGUCUACGUCUCCUGCCCAAGGAGAAAGCGCAGCAGCUCCUGGACUACGUCGCUAGAGCGAUCGCCCCCCUGGGCUACGACGUGGGCCCGCAUAGCGUGGAGAUCAUGGACGGUUCCGACGAGGGGAUAUUCAUCUGGUACACGGUGAAUCUAUUGCACAGCCUGAUGAACGACGAGACAAUGGCGGCGCUGGACCUGGGCGGCGGCUCGACGCAGAUCACGUACCAGCUGAGCGACAGCGAGGCGGCCGACUUCCCGCCGGAGGACCGCCACGUGGUGCCCGCCGGCAGGAACGUCACGCUGUACACGCACAGUUAUCUGAACCUUGGUCUACUGGCCGCCCGCUACGGCAUCUUCCGCAUGGAGGCGGCCGACAACGGCACCAGCGAGCUGGUCUCCGUCUGCGUGGACCCAAUAGUCCAGCGCGAGCCCUGGACCUACGGGAACCAGCAGUACCGCGUGAGCGGAGCUCCGCGGCCGGAGGGCAUGAAGCGCGAGGCGGCCUACGAGAGGUGCCACGAGGUGGUGCGCCGCUACGCGCUACGCACGCUGCGCCGCGGCCCGCCGCGCCCGCCGCGCGCCAACGUAGCCGCCAUGAGCUACUUCUACGACGUAGCGGCCGACGCCGGCCUCAUCGACGUGAUGCGCGGCGGCACCGUGUCGGCGGCGCAGUACCGCGCGGCGGCGGUGCGCGCCUGCUCGGCCGCCAACGUGGAGCAGCCCUGGGCGUGCGUCGACCUCGCCUUCGUCACCGCGCUGCUGCGCGACGCCUACGCCAUCGGCGACCACGACGCCGUCUCGCUGUUCAAGAAGGUGCACGGCCACGAGGUGUCCUGGGCGCUGGGGCUGGCCUACACCACGGUCAUGAACAGGAUUACCACCGCGGCCGCU